UCGCCUCCAUUGAGCGCCGUGAGCUUCCAAGUUGGUUACUCUGCGUGGAGUUGGUUCGUUUGGUCGCGUCGGUCGAAGGAGUCGGUUGUGCGUUCUGAAGCGCUCCAGUAACGGUAAACGCGAACGCCAUCGCAUCGCCUGUUUUACUGUUGUUUUAACUCGGGACGCCAGUGCCUUGUGUCUCUGUGUGGGUGCUCGCCUGUCUCCCUGUACACAUGUGUGCGAGUCAAACAAAUAGCAAAGCGAAAAGAAAAUCAUAGGGCAGGAAUUCCGAAAAAGGGGGUGGCGACCAUCCUGCCCUUCUGCGCCCGCUGCCAGUGUAACCACCCCCUCACAGUUACAGCAGCAGCAACAACCACAACAAGGACCUGAGAGCAAAAGCGAAAAACAAAAUACAUUUCUCGUACGAACCGUUAACUGCGCCAUUCAGAAAUCGCAACAACAAAUGGAAAAUAUCAAAGACAAAACAAUUAAAUUGUGUGUGUGAGAGCGAGUGAGAAGAGAGCACAAAGUCAACAACAAAAUCGUUCGUAAAAACAAACAGAAGUGUAAAGGAGUUUGUGAAUAAAAAUAAAAGUUGGCUACCGUAAAAGAGAAAGCCAAUAAAAGGCUGUAGUAGUAAAAGCCAGACGAAGUGAGGAAGGACAAAAUCAUAAAAAGGAAUUUAUCAUGAUACUGGACUCUUGAGAUAAAAUGAUAUAAUAAUUAAAUACCAAAGCAAAUCAAUUUUCAAAGGAUAUUUUUUAUAAAAAGCAAAUAAGCAAAAUUUAGCAUUUAAAAUCUAAAAUUGUGGUACCAAGUAAAACAACUUUGCAAAGUCGCUAAAACUGCAGCUCUGUAAACUACUGUAAUCCCAAGUCGAACAUUGAGCCGCCGAAACAUGCUGAAAAACCGCUUGGGAAUUAUAUGAAGGAGGGAGGCUUCCACUGGAUUGCAUCAUCCGUCGAGGGCGUGGCUCAGCAUCGAAUGUAAUGUACAGCUGUCAAGCAGGACCUUUCAUCACUCACACAUCAUCAUCAUCCUCAUCAUCCGAGCCAUCUUCUCCAGACCCAACGUCACGAUGUCCACCACAGCAGCAGGGCUGAAGCCGGGUCCCAAAGGAGCCAACGGAGUCAGGACGGAGACAGACCACAUCAUUACCAUCAGCACUGCCAGCCUGUCGGAGUCCUGCAGCGAGGAGCCCGUGAAGGGAAUCGCAACUCCGAUCAGUAAGCCAAAGUCCCCGGGAAGCAGAGAUCCAUUAGAGACCAUCACUUCCGGGGAGCAGAGUGAACCGAGAAGAAAGCAUCAGUACUUGUGCCGGCUAUCCCAGCUGGUGAGCUACCAGAAUAACAUCGCCGAUGUCCAGCAUCGGAAGGGAAGACGCCUCCACGGACUGCAGCUGCCCCUGCAUCCUCUCCAGCUUUUUGGCUGGCUGGUGCUCCUCCUGUUCGGAGUGGCCAGCUACUGGGUGCUCAUCCCGGCCUUUCAUGCCCGCAUCCAGGGCCCACUGUACGGUCUGAUCACGGGCCUCUACCUGGUGCACAUCGCCUCCCACUUGACGGCUCUGCUGACGGAUCCGGCGGACAAGGAGCUGCGGCGGGUGCAUCGCAACGACAGGAUCGUCCCGGAAUUCGACCGGACGAAGCACAGCCACGUGAUCGAGAACGGGCGGUGCCAUCUGUGCAACAUCCGCACAUCCUCCAGCCGCACCAAGCACUGCUCCGUGUGCAACAAGUGUGUCGGCAAGUUCGAUCACCACUGCAAGUGGCUGAACCACUGCAUCGGGUCGCGGAACUAUGUGGCCUUCCUGAUGUGCGUGGUCAGCGCGGUGGUGGCCACCCUGGUCAUCGUGGCCGCCGUGGUGGCCCAGAUCGUCUUCUACUACGUCCAGCCGGAGUGGCUGAGCUUCUACUGGUGUCCCAUGGAGGCGAGCCACCCCAUGGAAGGUGGCGACUACAUAAACCUCACCCUGAGCCUGGGCAACGGCACCAUGAUGCUGCUGGAGCAGCAGCCGGCGCUGGAAGAGAAUAGUCAGGAGUUGAUGGACGAGGAACUGGCCAACAUAACCAUCUCCACACUGCCGACCCUCCUGGAGAAUUUCACAGCCCUGAUAGAGGCUAGCACUACGCAGUCUGGGACCAGCCUCUCCAAUCACACCGUCACACAGCCUGUCGUGGCCGGGAUUGGACUCAACGAGACCAUCUUUCUGUUCCUCCUGGGUGUUCUGGGCCUGCUCGCCGCCGUGAGUGCGGGUCUGCUGCUGCACCUGUGCUUCUUUCACAUAUACAUCUCGUUUUUGGGGCUGACCACCUACGAGUACAUCAGGAACCAUCGGCAGGCCAAGGAGGCCAAGACCAAGCAGCUCCUGGAGGGAGCUUCCAGCGUGGGAGUGGCUAAAAACGGGGGAGUACACUUUUCCUCCUUGCCUGAGCCACACAAUCCGUCCAAGUCGAUGCCGGGGGGCCAGCAGCUUUACUGCUGCUCCAGUGCCCCGCAUCCCAGCCAGCAGUCACAGGAGGCGGUGGGGCAAACGGAGCAAUCUCUUCGCUUGCACUGCUGUGCCAGCUCAAGGGAGUUCCACCAGAGCAGGCAGUCCAUCUACGUGUGCUCGCUGCUGGAGGAGACAGUGCCGCAGAUUCAGGUGGAACAGGACACGCUCAGUAGCUUCCACUGCUGCUCCAGCUUUGCGGCCAGUUCCCUGCAGCGGCGGGUCAGCUUGGCCAAAGGAUCGCUGAUCUCGGCCGAACCACGUCCGCAAAGACCGGCGACCUAUCUGCAGUACACCGAGCAGUGUACCCUCUGCACCUUCCGACUGAGAAGGGGAUCAGGGUCGGCGGCGGGAUCCUCGGGGGCCGUGAGCAGUGCUGGGGGCAGUAGUAGCACCCGUACCCUGACCAGCCAAACCGGGGGCUCCUCUUCCUCGGCCACCGCUGCUGGGAAUAUCUCGAAGCACCAGCGUUGGCGGAGGAAAUGGAACUGCUGCGCCUCUGUUCCGGAUAGCCCCGAUGUGCCCAACGACCUCCUGGCUGCCCUGACGUUCCGCGAACGCGAGGAGGCAGCAGCAGCGGCCAAACUGAAUGCCCAGGAGCUGCCCAUCCAGUUCAUUCGCACCCUGAACGGCGGCCUGGAACAGGAGCUGCCGCUGAAGACCACAACAACAGCCACUCCCACGCCGCCCCGCAGCUCCAGACUUCGGUAUAUGCUGCGUUUGCUGGGGCGUUAUCGAAGACCACGCUGUCGCCAUGGGGCCCAUCAUGGAAUCGCGGCCAAGGAGCACCAGAAUCACGGUGGUUCUGCAAUCAAACAGAAUCAAAUACGUCCACUGCAACUGCAGGCGGCUGGGCGAGGCUACGCCAAUUCCACGGCCUCGCCCACACCGCCGGCCAGUUCGCCGAGCAGGAGUUCCCUGGAGAGCAGCGAACUGAGUACCAGCACGAGUGCCUCGUGCGGCAACAGCAAGGAGCUGAUGCUGCUGCCCACGUCCGUGAUAAGGGAUGACAGCGUGACCACCUAUACGCUGACCCUGCCGCCCGCCCUGCCGCCGCCGACGAGGAGGAAAAUGAACCAGACUAGCCAGGAGUUGGCGGACCUGGCCGAGACUUUAGGGUUUGCCAGCAGCCUGCAUCACAAUCAGCACAGCAGCCAGACGAACAGCCGGACGCUGCCCAGUUUGGGGAAUGUCUACCGCCGGCAGAGGCGAAAGCACUUCCUGCGGACACGGUCGCCCACUCUGUCGCCCAUCCACGAGUCCGGCCUCUCGAAUCCAACCUCGCCGCAGCCCCUGAGGCACCUCCACCACCAGAACCUAGCCAACUCGAACUCCAAUCCGGCCAAAGCCACGUCCUCGCCGCUGCUUAACCGCAACUCGGGGAACUCCUCCGCGCUGCUCGUCCAGAAUCUGUGCAGCCUGGCAGGGGAAACGCUGAGGAAGACCGCCUCCAACAGCUCCCUGCACAGCCUCAGCUCCAACUCGAGCAGCACCUAGAAUCGAGUGUCCUUGAACGGUUUCUGUUAGCCCCUAGGUUAGACGUAGCUUUAGCCUUAGUCUUAGUAGUCCCCGCAUCCCAGGCAGUUCUGUUGGAGUUCUGGAAAUCAAUUAAUCCGCAAGUAAGCAUCGAAAGUCAUAACCGAAAUCAAUUAAGCACGAGGAGUGGAAGUGGGAGAGGGAUUGGCGCUGGGCGAGCUGUCAGGGCCAGGAGAGGAAAUUGCCUUUGAUGCGAUGCGGUUUCAUGGCCAAACUUAAUUACCGCUUUUGGUAGGGGCUCCUUUGUUUGCGUCUGUGGAUUGCAUAUUUGAUUUAUUAAGAGUCUGGUGUGGAGAGGCAAUAGGAAAGAUUGGAAUUUUCGCUUCAAACUUAUUAUUAGUUUUAGUUCUAUGAGAACGUUUUGUUACUCCUUAAAAACUGUUUGAUUUAUGAACUACCUGCUUAGUUUAGUACGUUGCUAAUCAAAAAAGUCUCAUAAGAAAUGAAAUCUAUCAAAAUCUCUAUUAUAUUAAUUCUCUUUAUAUUAAUUUUUUUCAAAUAACUAAGUUCCUAACUUUGGACAUAAGCAUACAACUAAGCAAAUAUUGAAGUUUACUUUGAUUUGUUAAAGUUUUUCCAGCUGCAUAAAUGCUAUUUCGUUUAUCUUAACACGAUCUUAUUGGUUUAUAUUCUCUAUGUCUUCUAUUUAUACUUAAUUCACAUUCCCAUCGACGUUCCGUGCAUUUUCCAUUUCCAUUUGGAAAACAUCGUUAGUCCCUAACUGCAUCGACUGUUUUUCCCUUAAACUAAACAAGUCUUUGGCAUCCUUUGAAUGACUUCGCAGUUGAAUUGAUAAAAUAUGCAACAGCAUGUGCCGAAGAGUAGGAGUUGGGUGCUGUCCCCCUGGGGAGUUCACUCGUUUUUUGCCGCACCCACCCCCGGCUGGUAUUGAUUUUCAUUUUGGAAAUGUGCGAGCGAAGGCGUCGGGUGAUUACGUAUUGUAUCUGCAGCUGAAGCUUCGUUGUAUCUGUAUCUGAAUCCGUGUGGCCGUGUAUCUGGCAGCCAAAGAAGGGGAAAGGGCGAGGACACAACUGCAGCAUGUUGCCAAAUAGUUACGCAAAUGUUUUCAUUCGAUUUAAAUUCAAGGGCCGGGAAAACCCAUCCAACUGCCGAAGGCAAUUGUCAGGGGCUCUAAACUUGGUUCUGACGACUGUCUCUGCCCCAUUAAAUAUGCCGAAGAUGAAUAAUUAAGGCGGCACAAGUCGGGAAAACAAGCCUGCAAAGCGGAGAAAUGGAAAUGCGUCAAAGCAUGAUUGGAUGGGAUUGAGUUCACGUGCUCGCCCUGCUCAGUUGUCAGUGGGACAGCUACCGGGGCUAAAAGGCAGUGAUAGCUAUACGGAUAGACAGCCAUAACGGCUACGCACAUGACACUCCGGUACCAGGUGGCGGGGUCCUGCAGCUCUUCAUCACCCCCGGCCAGUCGGCGAUUCGUGUUAUUGAAACUGACAGCAGGAAGAGUCCAUUUUUAACCGGCGGGAGCAGGUGGGAAGUGGAGUGGCGGCGGGGCCAGGUAGAUGGGUUGCUGGAGAGAGAAUCGCUUUGAGCACGGGAAGUGGCCGUCGAGCUUCCCGGGGCUGAGUGUGAUUAGUUUUUCUUUUAGUGGCCAUUCCGAAUCAAUUUAUGCUAUCCUCAAUCACUGAAUCCGUACUGUAGUUUUUAAUGGGUUUAUUCAUGUGAUCGGUUAUCAAAUGGCUUCUGAAAAACAGUUUCUGGUUUCAAUAUGUUUGAUUACUUGGCUUUAAAGAAAGGGAGGCGAAUAAGUCGCGAAUUUAACCAGAAUUCCUUUAACUCACGGGUCAAACUACUUAGAAAGUUGUGAAUAAGUUGCAAAUAUAUUCUGUGGCAGUGCGCACGCCAACCUUUCAAGAGUUUCUACUAUUAAUCAAAAAUGCAAAGGUCAUCCGAAGUUUCGAACAAUACGACCCUUAAAGUUCCAUUUAAUUACUCUAUACUUAGCCACCGAACUUCAGACUACUAAAAGUGAUGGCCAUUAACUUCAGCCACGAUAAAUUUGUUUUAAAAGUUGGAAAAGUUUGCCGCCAACAUUCUACUUUAAGAGAGUUAACCUUCUACUUAUACUCUUCAUAAUGCCACCCUCUUGGCUUGCGAUGAAAUAAUCCUAAACAUAAUCAGGGGUCUUAACUAGUUUCCCUUCUGGCAUAAUGCAACUCUGGUUGGCACAUUUAAUAUAUAUAGUUUACAAAUGAAUCUGAUACCCGUGGCUCUUUCUAGCCCGUUUGCCAACAUUCCACGUAGUUAAUUUAACUUCGCUUGAAUUUCGGUCACCCUGCCGGCGGAUUGAGGCCAAAAUAAAUGGCAAGUUAAUUAUAGAGACCCCAUUCUUUGCCACACACGGCAAAUCAACGCGACUCGACUGCAAAUACUGUGCAUUCGGGGAUGGGCAUUCGGGUGCCCAUGGAAACGUGAACAGGUGGAUAUGGUGGGGGCAGCCAGGGGGAAUGUCAAUGAGCCCGUAUCUAGAAGACGCGACUUCCGGCGGACUGACAUGCAUUUCUGCAGGGGCUUCGACUCAGUUCGAGUGCGGGCUCAGUUCGCUUGCAGUGACAGCAGACGGACGCCUGGUAAAUGACUGCAAAUAACAUAAUGCAACGACUAUAAAUGGAUUUUCAAUGCAGACUGUGCUGCACCGACAGCUGGAGCAACAAUUUCCUCGCCUUUCUUACUUCCUCGGUUAUUUCCGCAAGCAAACACGCUGCAUACUUUUGAGGGCGCUUCUGUGGCGUCGUAUCUGUGUGCGCUCGCUUGCGUGCCAGUGUGGGUGUGUGGGUGUUCGGCUGUGCCUCUGUGUGUGUGUAUCUGUGUGAAAAUGUUUAAUUUGAUGGCACUUGGCGUUAGCAUUUGGAACUGCACCUGCUGCCUGGAGACACACGAGCACAAAGGCCCGUGCUUCAUUACGUAUCCGACGUGUGCGCCACAUAUAUUAUGCUAUUCGUGUUUUGUUUCACUGCAGAAACGAUACUGGCCGACCAUUGUGACACUUCCAUGAAUAGCACGCUCAUAUAGGAUGUUAUGGAAUUGGAAUUUUCCAUUUCUUGUUCUUAGCAUAGACUUCUUUGGUAAUUCCAGCUAGCCAUUAAGAGUAAAGUGAUUUCCGCAAGUGGUUUAAAAAUCUAUCGAAAGGUUUAAUGUAUUUCAUAUCCCGCACAUAUUUGCUAUCUUCUUCUCUAUUACAAUGUUUCGCCUUCCCCCAAGGAGAGUUCUUUUCUUUGUGUAGCAAGAUAGCUCCCCCAAAUUUGAAUUUUAAAUGGGAAUCGGCAAAGGGGCUCUCUUCUUUGCUCCCUGCUCCGCCAUACGCAAUCUUUUCCUUGGGUUUUCCAUUCUGAAUUUUUCCUUUGCCGAGCUGGUGCUGCCCAUGUAUCCGAAAUGCAUAAAUUCAUCCGGCUGUCUGACCAUCCAGUCACACCUCAGAGGCGUCUGUCCAGGUGCAUGCACCCGAGUGCCCGGAGACACCUGGAGGAUCUCCGCAUUCUGUGGGCGAACGCUUUCAGAUAGAUGUGAAAGGAUAAAAUACGGACUGUGUGUGCGUAUUUAUUUGUAUAAAAAUAUAUUCGACUUUAAUUGCAUGUUCGUGUCAUGUUCUCGUGCUCCUGGCUCCUGGCCACGCCCAGAAUGAGCAGGGGGAACUGCCAGGCAACGCCCCGAAUUUUCAGUUUGGUUCCCGCUGGCGGAGUUUGUUUACGAGACAUAAAGCAGAAAUGUCCGGGAGAAAUGGGGACUGGCUGCCCCACUUGAGUGACUUUCCCUAUGGCAACAAAUGCAACGCUCUUGUUGCUCUUGUUGCCCUGGUUAUGGCCGUGCAUCAAUUAUAAAACAUUUUCUUGUUGCCGUUUCGAUACUUCUUUGACAUGCAAGCCGAAAAUGUUUUGCAUUUUUGGCCAGGAGAUAGAGGAACACUGAAAUCCAAAAUUGAUAAGAAAUAAUUUAAGCGUGAACAUUAACUUUGUACUGUGCAUCCCUGUACUGAUAUUUUAAAACAGAAAUGACAUUUUGUAAGAUAUUAGAUUGGGUUUCUGUUCUUAUUUUCAUGUGUGAAAGCAACACGUUCUUUGGAAAUUUGCCUAAUUUCUGGGAUUGCCUGCAGGGGAACUUCACCACUUCCAAGGAUAUGCCAACGAAUCAUGAUUGAUUGGGCCUGGAUUGGGUGCGAUGUCCCAUCAGCCCAGACAGUUGCCUUCGCCUCCAAGUGCCCGCCUUUCCCCUGCCUUUCCGGGCUGUUAUUAGCAAUGGUAGUUAGGCCAGCUCCAGCUCCCACUCCACCCACUCCUUUUGUUUUUCCUGCGCCCUGCAAUGACAUUUUCAGCUGCUUUGCUUUUCCCUUUUCGUCGGUUCAACGAACUCCUGGCUCUCGGCUCUUUUGUUGAAUUCUCAGCCAGGUGGAACACACACCUGAGCACACAGACAUAGGUGGAUCCGACCGCCUGGCCGCCCCUCUGAUAUGCUUUCAAUUUGGUUAAUGACUUGCCAGUUAGGCCCUUGAACCUAAGCUAAGACAAACGAUCAGAGAAAUAUAUGAAGUAUAAGAAAUGUGUAUGAGACUGCAAACGUGGUGGGUGAAUGUUGGGAAGGGAAUGUCGGAAAACAAAUUAAAGAUUGAAGAAUAAAACAAUAAUUACAUUAAUUUAGCCCAGCCAAUUAGGUGUGAAACCAAGAGCACGAUUAUAAUGAAUAUAUUUUGAUAAAAUGUGCAGUUAACAAAGUCCAUUAACAAAAUUUUAAGAAAAAACUAAAGGGAAGAUAUUUACCGCUGUGCAAAGCAGAUAUUUAAGUAAAGUGAAACAGGAUUAAGGCCAAGAUAAGUUGCUGUAGAAACGAGUUGAAAACAUUUGAGGACACGCUUUGUACUGUAAUAUAAUAAACUAAUAAAA